ACGUGCAAAGACGCACGUGUGGAUGCAUGCGUCUUGAAAAACACGCACGGGAUGAUCGCGUAUAUAAAGCUCGCUGCAUUCGAACUGGAAUCAGUCCUCGAUAUGUUGCGACCUAUGCAUUUCGUAUUUCUUUUCGCGGCGCUCGCUUUUCUUGCGUUCACCGCCGCUGAGGAAAACAAGGAAGUGCCGCCAAUUGUUCAAAGUGAGGUCGAGCCACAGUCGGAUGUGCCUACCAAUGAUUUGGAAGCAGAUGCCUCGUACUGGGGAUACGGACGACCAUGGAGAUACGGUGGUUGGGGAUAUGGCAGAGGAUACGGUUGGGGAGGCUGGAGAGGAGGAUACUGGGGUGGUCCAGGAUAUUGGGGUGGAAGAGGUUGGGGAGGUGGCUGGGGAUACUGGGGUUGAUUUUGUCCCCCGCAUUUUAUUCGUGUGAUAUUUUAUCACCAUCAAUGUAUUCUUUUGCAUUAAUAUUCGACUUUUUUAAAAUAUAAAGUUUUAUUAGUUGUAAAA